AUAGCUAUAUAUUACUUUAAAACUACGUGGUAUUACCCUAUUCCGAUGAGAUGGCGAGGAACAAUCCAAAGAUUGCAGCAGAAUUGUUGUUUGCCAACCAAGAUCUUAUUGGGUUGAGGGCCUUGGAUGUCUAUGUCGCUGUGGUCGAGAGUCUGACUGAAGCCGGCAUCGCCGUCAUCCCAAACAACCAUAUCACGCAAGCAGCUUGGUGUUGUGGAAUCAACCUAUGCGAUACCGCUUGGUGCAACGAUCACCUUGGGUCAGUUUGUCGAGUCAGCCAGACAGAAGACCAAUGGAUUGAGAACUGGGUGAAGAUCAUAUCGUUCUUCACGAACAACCCCCUAGUCAUUAGAGCAGACCUGCGCAACGAGCCUCGAGGCUUCUGGGCUACAACGCCAUGGGGGAAGUGGGCUACUGCUGCAGAAUGUGCUAGUAGCAAGUUGCUCGCCAUCAAUCCGGACUGGCUCAUGUUCGUCGAAGGAGUCUCGUCGUCCAAUGACCUUUCAGGCGUCCACAAGCGACCCGUCGUGGUUGAUGUCCCGGAUCACGUAGUAUAUUCCGUCCAUGUGUACAGUUGGUCAGGAUGGGGUAGUCGGGAGGGUGUGUACGCAGAGCGGCCGUUUAUGUCGUUUGUCAAAUCGAUGAAGGAGAACUGGGCGUAUCUUCUCGAGGAGAACAUCGCUCCUGUCUUGGUUAGCGAGCUUAGCAGGCUGCAUGAACCAAGCGAGGGAGAUUUUCGUUACUGGAACAACUUGUUAGAGUUCCUGAAGUUCGUUGACGCUGGCUUUGCGUAUUGGGCUAUCAACCCGAGAAAGCCUGACGACAAUGAGAAGGAGAGUUAUUCGCUUGUCGAGGAUGAUUGGGAGACCCUGAUUUUGGACUGUCGACUUCGAGACAUGCUGGAGCUUAACAGGCAAUGAUAUUUACUCUUCGGGUGGUUGUUGUGUUGAGGUUACAUUGCAGCGCAUACGACGUAUCGAUAUCUGCGCUGUCUUGUACUGUCCUAGACAUCGUGACUCGCACCCUGCAUAUUCAUUCCUCCCUUCUUGCAUCCGAUCACAGAUGUCAAGGAGCGGUUGAUCUGUAUCCGAAUCCUAUUUUUGCUCUGAAAAUAGCCUUCCGUGCAGUGGUGCUCGAUCUUUUGGCCGGGUUUGCGAUUUGACUUGCAC